AUGAGUCUUCCAACAGGAAAGACGUGUCUUUUCGAAUUUGCUUUGAAUGAUGUAAAAAAUUUCAAGGUUUCCGUGGAUUUUCCAAUAUUUUCUACAUCAAACAUGCAUAGUUGGCAAUUAUCCUUUAAACCCCAUUUUAGUGGAGAUAAAGAAAAAUUCAAUUUAAGCCUAAUGCCAAAACUGAGACUUAAUUCAGACAAUAAUUUAUCCAACCCUUGCAAUUAUAACAAUAUAACGGAUAUAGCGUUAUUUGUCAAGACUUUAGGUGGACAAGUCAUCAAAUACGGGACAAUAAAAAGUAAAGAAAACAUUCUUGAGUGCGUGGCAAAGGGCAUGUGUAUGUGCUGUUCUCGAUCCUUACUUUUAAAAGAUGUCAUUGUUGGGGUGAAGAUUUACACCGAUAGAGCGGAGGAUAACCCCGUGGAUAGUUUUUUUCAACUUCGAUCCGUUCCACUCAAUUUAAUUAAUGCUUGGACCAAGGAUUUGAACAAUUCGGAUCGAGCGGACGUGAAAUUUAUUAUAAAUGGAUCCUACCUGUACGCGAGUAGCUCCGUCCUGACAAGUCGAUCAGAGUACUUCAAGACCAUGUUUAAUGGUAAAUGGAGAGAAUGUCGUUCGAAAGUUCAUCAAAGAUCGUUGUCAAAAAAUCAAAAGAACAAUAAUUCGAAUCAAUAUAAAUAUGAAGUCGAAAUUGUGGAUUUCAACCAAGAAACGAUACGUGCAAUGUUACAUUUUUUGUAUACGAAUGAGAUACCAUCUUAUAACGAUGUUUGUGAUGGUCGUAUUUGGUCGUUGUUCAUUGUUUCUGAAAAGUACCUUUUAGAUGACCUUAGAACAAUAGUUAGGAAUUACAUAUUUGACAGGUUGGAUGAAGAAAACGCGGCCAAAAUAUUAUUCACAUACGCUUGGAAAUGGCCCGAUUUGAAGGAUCCAAUCUUGAAGUUUGUGGUGGAUAAGUUUAACACAAUUAGGAAGACCGAUGGAUAUAAAGAUAUCGUCGCCAGUCCAAUAGGUUAUCCAAAUUUUUUUAAUUUGAACACGGAAAUUUUGUUAAAUUUAUAUCCUGAUUGA